CUCUCUCUAACACAAGGAAAGGCAUAACAGUAGCGCCCAUAGUUUUUCUUUAAUCCUUUUAGUAAAGAUCCUAAAUAUAUAUCUCCUUUUCUUGUUCAUGUUUUUUCUUCAACUGGAUUCACUUCUAUAUUUACUUCAUUCGACGAAUCAAGUGUAAGUUUAAUUUCCGCUUUUCUCUCCCUUUAAACUUGCAUUCAUUUGUCAGCGUUUUUACUGUAUAUUUACUUACCCUUUUGUGUUCUUCCUCUGACCUCUAAACCUUUCUUUUUUAAGCUAAUCGUCGAAUCUUUCUUGACAAAUUCCAUCUGUUGUUGUUUUGCCACACUGAAUCUUCAUUCCAAACACAUAUUAGAUGCUCACAUAAAUAGAAUCUUUUCUUGAUUUCAUGAUUCAUCUUUCAACGGAAGAUUGUACUUAUGUUAAAAAAUAUAAGAUGCAAGAACUUCUAUGUGUUUUGUAUUCCGUCAGUGUGUGUGAAUAAUCGACAUGUGAUUUGCAUCAUGGGUUAUGACCUACAAAUAUUAUAUGCUUUUUUUUAAUACUUUGAGUCAUUGUUAAAAGUGAAUCUACUUUAUGAGUAUUUUUUUUUAUAUCUAUGGCUAUGCGUACUUAUGAUAAACAAGAUGUCUUCAAUUAUGAAUUCUCAGAGUUUAUAAAUGAGAAAAUGAUGACGAGUAGCGAGAUCUGAUGAUAUAAACGAUGCCAGACAGCUAUGGUUUGCACUGCAAAUGAUUUAUUAGGGUGGAAAGAUUUUCCGAAGGGUCUUAGAGUUUUGCUCCUUGAUGAAGAUAUCAAUUCUGCAAAUGUAAUAAAAUCAAAACUUGAAGAAAUGGAUUAUGUUGUUUCUGCUUUCUAUAGUGAGAAUGAUGCAUUGUCGGCGAUUUCAGACAAAUCUAAAGGCUUCCAUGUAGCUAUAGUAGAGGUGAGAGCAGGUAACGAAGAUGGAAGGUUUAAGUUUCUUGAAAGGGCGAAAGACUUGCCUACAAUCAUGACUUCAGAUGUGAAUUGCAUCAGUACCAUGAUGAAGUGCAUAGCACUUGGUGCAGUCGAGUUCCUUGAGAAACCAUUGUCCGAAGAUAAACUCCGAAACAUAUGGCAACAUGUGGCUCACAAGGCUUUCAAUGCAGGACCUAAGGAUGAAAAUGAACUGUUGAAAUCCGAGGAAGCUUUGAUUCUUUUGGAAAAAUUGAAGCAAGGAAUGAGGCAUGUUGAUAAUGAAGAUCAAACUAAUCUCUCAACUGAGAAAGAGUUUGUAGAACAUGAUGGUGAGUCCAAAUUCGUCGAAAUUACUUGUGAUGAUCAUUUAGUUGUUGAUAAUGUUAUGGAGACAAACUUCUCCAAGAGUUUGGAAGAGGGAAUCAACAAGCCUUCAAGUAAUGAAUGUUGCCCCGAUCCAAUUGAUGGUAAGAAGCAAAACGAAGUAUCCAAGCAUCCAAUUUCACGUUCUAGUAAAUCUGGUCGAAGAAAGGUCAAGGUAGAUUGGAGUAGUGAACUACACAAGAAAUUCGUACAAGCCGUGGAGCAACUUGGUGUUGAUCAAGCCAUACCUUCACGUAUAUUAGAACUUAUGAAAGUAGAGGGUUUAACAAGGCAUAAUGUCGCAAGUCAUCUCCAGAAAUAUAGAUUACAACGAAGACAUAUUUUGCCCAAGGAAAGUGGCCGAAAAUGGCCUCAAACUAGACACCAUUCAACACCAAGAAACUACUAUCCACAAAAGCCCAUUAUGGCCUACCCUCCUCCAUAUCAUUCUAACCAAGUAUAUCCUACUUGGCCACCUCCACACAGCUACCCUCCUCCACCUCAGACGUGGGGCCCAUCAUAUUAUCCAGCAUGGCAUUCUUCUGUAAGUUGGUUGUGGAAUCCCUAUCCAGAGACACAAGCCGAAACUUGGGGCUGCCCAACCAUCCCAUCUCACCCAUCUUUCCCUCAAAAUGUUUCACAAUUUCAGAGUAACCGAACCAUGCCAAAUAAUUCAUUUGACCAUUAUCCGGGAGAUGAAGUCAUUGACAAGGUGGUGAAGGAAGCAAUAAAUAAGCCAUGGCUGCCAUUGCCUUUGGGCCUCAAACCUCCAUCUACUGAAAGUGUCAUAUCAGAGCUCUCCAAACAAGGGAUCUCAACCGUUCCUCCCAAAAUCAACGGCUGUCAUUGAUGUUGAUCCUGAUGUCAGCCUCUGUACACAAUUGAUGUGUAUGAUCUCAAUAAAUUAACUCUGAUCUUAUACAAUGUUGUUCACGAGAGUUCGAUGAUGUGGUUGUAAAUAGAUCUUGACUAAGCAUUUGAUUCGUGGGCCCACACAUUUUGAAUGUGAGCCCCACAUAUUGUGGGGCGCAUGUUAGUGGUGGUGAAUAACUGGCCAUGUGUAAUAAAGGUUGUACAUCUUUGAAGAGAUGCCUGUGGGUUGGGUUGGGUUGGGUGGGACUAUAAAAGGGACGUGUCAAAAACUCAAAAUGGUCCCAUUUUUCAUCUUAAAGUCUGCUACUUUGAUUUUUCCUGACC